GAUCCUAGCCCGGGUCCAGCCCGGCCCUGUGGAUCUGAGCAGCGAUGGCUGCCGCGGCCGCGGUGAUCCCGCCGUCGGGCUUGGACGAUGGGGUGUCUCGGGCUCGCGGGGAAGGCGCUGGGGAGGCGGUGGUGGAGCGCGGGCCGGGAGCGGCCUACCACAUGUUCGUGGUGAUGGAAGACUUAGUGGAGAAGCUGAAGCUGCUCCGCUACGAGGAGGAGCUACUCCGAAAGAGCAAUCUGAAGCCCCCGUCCAGACACUACUUUGCUCUGCCUACCAAUCCCGGUGAGCAGUUCUACAUGUUUUGCACUCUUGCUGCCUGGCUGAUCAACAAGACUGGCCGUGCCUUUGAGCAGCCUCAGGAAUAUGACGAUCCCAAUGCAACUAUAUCUAACAUCCUGUCUGAGCUCCGCUCUUUUGGGAGAACUGCAGAUUUUCCUCCUUCAAAAUUAAAGUCUGGUUAUGGAGAACAUGUAUGCUAUGUUCUUGAUUGUUUAGCUGAAGAAGCAUUAAAAUAUAUUGGUUUCACUUGGAAAAGGCCAUCAUACCCAGUGGAAGAGUUAGAAGAAGAAACUGUUCCGGAAGAUGAUGCGGAGUUAACAUUAAGUAAAGUGGAUGAAGAGUUUGUGGAAGAGGAGACAGAUAAUGAAGAAAACUUUAUUGAUCUCAACGUUUUAAAGGCCCAGACCUAUCGCUUGGACACAAACGAGUCUGCCAAACAAGAAGAUAUUUUGGAAUCUACGACAGAUGCUGCGGAAUGGAGUCUAGAAGUGGAACGUGUACUACCCCAGCUGAAAGUCACGAUCAGGACUGACAACAAGGAUUGGAGAAUCCACGUUGACCAAAUGCACCAGCACAAAAGUGGAAUUGAAUCUGCUCUAAAGGAGACCAAGGGGUUCUUGGACAAGCUCCAUAAUGAAAUUAGCAGGACUCUGGAAAAGAUCGGCAGCCGGGAAAAGUACAUUAACAAUCAACUUGAGCACUUGGUUCAAGAAUAUCGUGGGGCCCAGGCCCAGCUAAGUGAGGCAAGGGAACGCUACCAGCAGGGCAAUGGCGGAGUAACUGAACGGACCAGACUCCUGUCUGAGGUGACAGAAGAAUUAGAAAAGGUAAAACAAGAAAUGGAAGAGAAGGGCAGCAGCAUGACGGAUGGCACUCCUUUGGUGAAGAUUAAGCAGAGCUUAACCAAGCUGAAGCAAGAAACUGUUCAGAUGGACAUUAGAAUCGGGGUUGUGGAGCACACGCUGCUUCAGUCAAAGCUCAAGGAGAAGUGUAACAUGACCAGAGACAUGCAUGCGGCUGUCACCCCAGAGUCAGCAAUCGGCUUCUAUUAAACACAUGGUGUUCCUGCGUCUGAUGAUUUGUUUUUUAUAUCAAAUGAUUUUUUUAAUGUUGCAUGGAUUUCCAAACAGUUUAUACUUCUUCAAGCAUAUCCAGUGGGUAUUUUUGCACAUGUUCUAUCAUGGUGACUAUGAUGGCUAAAGCCUUUACAAUGAAUAUAGUAUUUAAUAAAGUACUUAAAAUUAUCCUGUUCAGAGAAGCUUUCACUGGCAUUGCCAAUGGCCUACUGCUGCCUGGUGGUUCAUUCCUUAUGAGAAUGACCCUUGUGUCAUGUGUAUCCCAUGGCACUCUGGACGACCGACAGAAGACUGGUACGUCUGGUGAUGCCCAGAGCUGGUGCCAUUCUGUAAUGACCACUAGUACUUACGUAUUAGAGGAGCUGAGAAUAGGUGUUAGAGUUCAUCGGAAGCCAAAUUUCCCUUGCCUCAUCUCUACAGUUACAUGAUAUUACUACCUCCUUAACUAUAAAAAUAAAAAGUCCAGCAUCCAUGUUAACAAGUGAAACCUAGUAUUGAAAUAGUAGUUCAGCCAUAUUUGGUUCAGCUGCUAUAAUGAGGAAAGAUGCCUGAGCCUGUAUCUGCAUCCCACCCGUUCACACGAAGUCAGCCAUGCUAAGCACAGUCAGGUAGAAGCCACCAUAAUGAGUCUCAUGGUUGUCGACUAGCAUGACAUUCUUUUCUUAGGCACCCUACUCAGCAGUUUUUCUAGACUAGGAUUUCUAAAUCAGCCAUAAGCAUUAUUGAAGAGUAGCUUUUCUGGGCUAUGGCUCAGUUCUUGUGUAGCAGAUUUGAUCUUCAGCACUGUAUAAACCAGUCGGUAAUGCACACCUAUAAUGUAGACUCAUGGUGAGGCAGGAGAGUCUGAAGUUCAAACUCAUGGACCUGCACGAUGGCUCAGUGGGGAAAGGCUCUUGCUACUAAGCCUGAUAUCUAGAGUUUUAUGCCCAGGUCCUAAAGUUUGUCCACAGGUGUGUACACCUAGAUGUGUACAAACAUAGACACACACACAAUAGAUAGAUAGAUAGAUAGAUAGAUAGAUAGAUAGAUAGAUAGAUAGAUAGAUAGAUAAUAGACAGAUACCUUUCAUUAGCUUUAAGAAAUAAAAGCACUUCAUAGUAAAUUUUGACUUAAAAAUGCUUAUGUUUAUUUUAUACUUAGGAACAACAUUAAUUAAUUUUUAAUAUAACAACAAUAUUAAUUUUUAAUCC